AUGGCGUCCAGUUGAAGCGGAGACAAAGUGUGUUUUCUCUUCUGGUCCAGUGAGUGUGAGGUCCAUGUUGGUCUCUGUGUGUCCGGAGAAACCUUCUGAAUGGACUUUUCUCUGAAUGUUGGACCUCUGACUCAUCUCCCGGUAGCCUACAAAGCUAGUGAAGUUAGCUUAGCAUGCUAGCUGGGACGGAAGUUAGCAACACAGCGCUAGUCAGAGUGACUGUUUGAUGGAGAGCAAACGGUGUUUGUGACGGAGUUUGUGUGGAGAAAAAGUGUGUGUCGUUGUGUGAAAAUGUGUAAAGUCCAAAUGCUGAGAGCGUUGGUGAAGCAGCGACUCACUGCGGCUGCUGAAGAGAUCUUUGGGCUGUUUGAAAGAACGAUAGCAGAGUACGAGGAGGAACUGUGUCGUUCUAAAGAGGAGAACGAGCGACAACGGAAACUCCUGCACGCUGUUCUCAACCCUCAGCUUCGGUUACACAGAGCAGUUUUACCUUCAGAUGUACGAAAAGUGAUCGUUGGUGAAGAAGAGGUUCCUCCUGAGCAGCAGGAGUGGAGCUCCAGUCUGGACCAGGAGGACCCAGAGCCCCCCCACAGUCUGGACCAGGAGGACCCAGAGCCCCCCCACAGUCUGGACCAGGAGGAGCCAGAGCCCCCACACAGUCUGGACCAGGAGGACCCACUGGACCAGGAGGACCCAGAGCCCCCACACAGUCUGGACCAGGAGGACCCAGAGCCCCCACACAGUCUGGACCAGGAGGACCCAGAGCCCCCACACAGUCUGGACCAGGAGGACCCAGAGCCCCCACACAGUCUGGACCAGGAGGAGCCAGAGCCCCCCCACAUUAAAGAGGAACAGGAGGAACUCUGGACCAGUCAGGAGGGAGAGCAGCUUCAAGGGCUGGAGGAGGCUGAUAUCACCAAGUUCACAUUCACUCCUGUCCCUGUGAAGAGUGAAGAUGAUGAAGAGAAACCUCAGUCCUCACAGCUUCAUCACAGACGUACUGAACACAUGGAGACAGAAGCUGAUGGAGAGGACUGUGGAGGACCAGAACCAGACAGGAACUCAGAUCCAGAUAGACAUUUACAACUAUCCAGCAGUGACAAAGCCUCACAAUGUAACAAACAAGAAACUGAAGACAGAGAUGAUUGGAAGGAGACCAGAGAACCUCAGUCAGGUCUAAACUCUCUGAAUAAUGAUGACAUUUCUAGGGAAAAACCAUUUCCCUGCUCUGAGUGCGGUAAAAGAUUUGGUCUCAAGGGAACUCUGAAGGAACACAUGAGAUUUCAUACAGGAGAGAAACCAUUCAGCUGCUCAGUCUGUAAUAAAGCUUUUGCAUGGAGAGGAAGUUUACAGAAACACGUGAAAAGUCAUACAGGAGAGAAACCAUUUAGCUGCUCAGUAUGUAGUAAAAGAUUCUCCGGCAAAUACAACGUAGUCCAACACAUGAAAAUCCACACAGGAGAGAGAAGAUUCAGCUGCAGUGUUUGUCACCGUAAAUUCAUUUGGUUUUAUGAGCUCAGAAAACAUAAGUGUGUCGGUCGUCAGUCCUCACAGCUUCAUCAACCUCAGACUGAGGAGAACAGAGAGGAAGGACCUCCAGCCAGCAGCUCAACUCAAUACAUGGGGACAGAAGCUGAUGGAGAGGACUGUGGAGGACCAGAACCAGACAGGAACUCAGAUCCUGUUGACAAGACUGGAGACUCUUCUGGACCUGAGACUGAUGACAGUGAUGAUUGGAAGGAGACCAGAGAACCUCAGUCAGGUUUAAACUCUCUGAAUAAUGAUGAAGUUACUUGUGAGAAACCAUUCAGCUGCUCUGAGUGUGGGAAUAGAUUUACCCAUAAAGGAAAUCUGAAUAGACACACAAGAACUCACACAGGAGAGAAACCAUUUCGCUGCUCAGUGUGCGGUAAAGCGUUCAAUGGUCGUGGCAAUCUGAGAAGCCACAGGAGAAUCCACUCAGGAGAGAAACCAUUCAGAUGCUCUGAGUGUGGGAAAAGAUUUCGCUUCAAGGGAGAUCUGAAGAGACACGUGAGAACUCAUACAGGAGAGAAACCAUUUAGUUGCUCUACGUGUGGGAGUAAGUUUGGAAACAGUGGACAUUUGAAUAGACACAUGGGCAUUCAUACAGGAGAGAAACCAUUCAGCUGCUCAUUUUGUGAUCACAGAUUUUUGCAAAGAGCACAUCUGAAUGCACACAUCAGAUCUCACACAGGAGAGAAACCCUUCAGCUGCUCAGUGUGUAAGAAAUGUUUUACAACGAGAGGAACUUUACGGCUGCAUUUGAAACUUCACACAGGAGAGAAACCAUUCAGUUGCUCUUUAUGCUCGGGGUGCUUCGUUGAGAUUGGAAAUGUUUUUUUCAUAAUUGUUGAGUAUGGAGAGAAACCAUUUAACUGCUCUGUUUGUGGUAAAGCCUUCAACGUACGUUCUUCUCUUAAGGUGCACAUGAGAUGUCAUACGGGAGAGAAACCAUUCAAUUGUUCAGUUUGUAAGAAAUCUUUUACACAAAGGGGAAGUUUACAGACACACAUGGGAAUCCACACAGGAGAGAAACCAUUCAGCUGCUCAGUGUGUGAAAAAAGCUUUCUCACCAAGGCACAACUGAAGAGUCACACCAUGAAUCACACCGGAGAGAAAAGGUUCUCCUGCACUAUUUGUAAACAAGGAUUCACUUGGUACGAUCAGCUCAGAAACCAUCAGUGUGUCGGUCAUCAGUCCUCACAGCUUCAUCAGAGUCAGACUGAGAUCAGAGAGACAGAACCUCCAAACAGGAGCUCAACUGAAUACAUGGAAAUAACAACUUCUUAUAUGAGCAACAAUAGAGAUUUGGCAUAAACUUCUCCUCAUAAGUCUGCUGUACAACUUAUUGAUAUGAUUUCAUCAGAGAACAAUGAUUACACAGAGGGACUUUUUUCUGGAGUUUAUUCAAAUGAAGUUCCUGUGUUUUCCAACGUUCAGUACUUUGAUGUUCAAGAGAGCUUUUUUUCAGUGUUGAUGUAUUGAUUCUUGAUUUGAAGGGUUGUGCUUAAGACUGACAUGACAGCUGUCAUGAACAAGGAGUCUUUGUGGAUGUUGACAGUUGUCAUUCAGUAAAUUAUGACUCUUGACCUGACAUUAACGAAACAACGCAACCGUCUGAUGUCUUCGAUCGGACAUGUUUUCUUUGUUAUACAUGUUUUAAGAGGCUUAAAAUGUCCAUUUCCAUCAACUACUUAUGUUUUAUAUUU